AUGCUCGACAAGUUCGCUCGCACCGAUCUUCGCAGCACGACUGAAUACGAGGCAAUCGUAUCUUACCCGCGCGCAGCCCGCUACGCUGCUGCGAUGAUGCAUCAAACUGGCAUCCUCGGACAGUUUCGACACAUUGAACGGGAACCAGACGACGACGACCCCGAACGAAUCGGCCUCGCGGCCAUGGACUACGCCACCAUGAUCAAUCGAAGAUUUGGAGCGCUUGGACAGGCUAACAAGGGAAAGGCGAGAGCAAGAUACGGGGACGAGAGGAGGCAGAAGAAGUGA